UGUAGUCGACGCCUCUCUCUCCACCAAUCCGCUCUCUAUAAAGCUGCUGCGUCAUCACGUCAGUGUGCGUGGUUGUCUGUGAGAGUUUGUGAACAUGGCGGCGCACGGGCUAUCUCCAUCAGUGAGCAGGCUGCUGUCAGCGGUGAAGUAUGCCUCGUUCCGGACCAGAUGCUGUGCCGUGCGCUGCAACGCUCACUAUUCCACCGUCUACAGUCCCAGUGAAAAGACCUUUGAUAAGAUCCUCAUUGCCAACAGAGGAGAGAUUGCUUGCAGGGUGAUCAAGACAUGUCGUAAGAUGGGCAUCCAGACUGUAGCUGUCCACAGUGACGUAGACUCCAGUGCUGUUCAUGUAAAGAUGGCUGAUGAAGCGGUGUGUGUCGGCCCCGCCCCCACCAGUCAGAGCUACCUGAACAUGGACGCCAUCAUGGAUGCCGUCAGAACGACCGGAGCACAAGCUGUUCAUCCUGGGUAUGGGUUUCUCUCUGAAAACAAAGUGUUUGCAAAGCGACUGGCAGCAGAGGACGUGGCGUUCAUCGGCCCAGACACCCAUGCUAUCCAGGCAAUGGGGGAUAAAAUUGAGAGCAAGCUGAUCGCUAAGGCUGCUAACGUCAACACUAUCCCAGGAUAUGAUGGAGUGGUCAAGACUGUUGAGGAAGCUGUGAAGAUCGCACAGGAAAUUGGCUACCCAGUGAUGAUCAAAGCAUCUGCAGGAGGAGGAGGGAAAGGGAUGAGGAUAUCUUGGAAUGAUGAAGAGACAAGGGAAGGUUUCCGGUUCUCGUCCCAGGAGGCAGCGUCCAGCUUUGGAGACGACAGGCUGCUCAUUGAGAAGUUUAUAGACAACCCCAGACACAUUGAGAUACAGGUGCUGGCUGAUCAACAUGGUAAUGCUCUGUGGCUGAAUGAGAGGGAAUGCUCCAUCCAGAGGAGGAACCAGAAGGUGGUGGAAGAAGCUCCCAGUACUUUCCUGGACCCAGUGACACGGAAGGCGAUGGGUGAGCAGGCAGUGCAGCUGGCCAAGGCUGUGCAGUACUCCUCUGCCGGCACCGUGGAGUUCCUGGUGGAUUCUAAGAAGAACUUCUACUUCCUGGAGAUGAACACACGACUACAGGUGGAGCAUCCAAUUACAGAGUGUAUUACUGGUCUGGACCUGGUGGAGCAGAUGAUCAGGGUUGCCAAGGGUUACCAACUGCAGCACAAACAGGAAGACAUCCCAAUAAACGGCUGGGCCAUUGAGAGUCGCGUCUACGCUGAGGAUCCUUACAAGUCUUUUGGUCUUCCCUCCAUCGGACGGCUGUCUCAAUACCAAGAGCCACUCAACCUCAGCAAAGUCCGUGUAGACAGCGGCAUCCAGGAGGGAAGUGACAUCAGCAUCUACUAUGAUCCCAUGAUCUCUAAGUUGGUUACCUACGGAGCUACACGAGCUGAAGCCCUCGCCAGGAUGGAAGAAGCUCUGGAUAACUAUGUUAUCAGAGGUGUGACCCACAACAUUCCCCUCCUGCGGGAAAUCAUCACCCACCCCCGAUUUAUCUCUGGUGACAUCAGCACCAACUUCCUGCCAGAGGUUUACCCCGACGGCUUUAAGGGUCACCAGCUGAACGUAGACACACGCAGGGAGCUGCUGGCCUCUGCAGCAGCCCUCUACAUCACUGCUCAGCUCCGUUCACAGAGGGUCCUGGGUGACCUGAGGGUGUCUUCCUCUCCUGUGGACUGUAGUCACUGGGAGCUGUGUGUGGAGCUGGAGGAGGGAAGUCAUUCUGUGGAGGUUACCAAAUCAGGAAAUGUGUUUACUGUGGAGGUGGAUGGAGGACAGGUGGAGGUCAGUGGACAGUGGAACCUGGCCUCCCCGCUGCUACCACUCACUAUCAACAGCACACCCAGGAUGCUACAGUGUCUGUCCAGAGAUGCUUCAGGAAAGAUUGUCCUGCAGUACCUGGGCACAUCGUUUAAGGUUCGUGUUCUGUCCAAGUUGGCUGCAGAGCUCAACUCCUACAUGCCAGAAAAAGUUCCAGAAGACACCAGUAGCAUCCUGCGUUCACCGAUGCCAGGCACAGUGGUGGCUGUGUCCGUCAAGCCUGGAGAUACGGUUGCAGAGGGUCAGGAGAUCUGUGUGAUUGAAGCCAUGAAGAUGCAGAACAGUUUGACUGCUGUCAAGCAAGCAAAGGUUAAGAGUGUCCACUGUAAACCAGGGGAGACGGUGGGAGAGGGAGACCUCCUGGUAGAGCUUGAAUAAAACACAACCUUUGACCUUUGAUGUGAGACAUCAGCACCAGGAUGACCUUUACUCCCCUCUGAAGAUCCACCUCGGUAAACAGACUGGACAAUAACAGAUGCUUGAUUAGUCUUGCCAGUGGUCCGUCUCCAGAGUGGUCCCAACCUGACAGUGACUCAGAGCUCAGCUGUAUCAGCAGUGUUUCUGUCUUCUCCACGUCAGACUCAUUCAUGUUGUUUGAUUAGAUGCAGUCUAGGAAAAAAAACCUCUUGUAAAUCUCUCCGUCAUGCUUAUGUUUUGUGUGUUUUCUAAACUGUUUUUGUUACUUUCAGCUCAUUUCACCUAUUUUCGCAUUUGACCCCUAUGCUGUCUUGCCUACAGAGGUUUUGGGAUAUCGCCAUAGGAGAUGUCUGCUGCCGCUCCAAUACAAUGGACACGGUCCUUUGGUUUUAUUAGCUGCUGAUGAAUUUUUCCAAUGGAAUUUUUCUGUGAUUUGAGCAGCAAAAAGAAAGUUCCAUUCACCUUCAUUGUUUUGGAGUGGAGGCAGAGAUGGAUAUCUCAUACCAGAGCUGUGGGCAUAGCUCCAUACAGACAAACACUUUUCCUACCUUGAGUGGUAAUUUGGUUGAACUGACAUGUUAAAAGACACUCUAUAAUGCAACCAAUAAAGUGCACCUUCUUUUCAACAUACAGUAACUGUGACUGAACUGCUGUCUGGCAACAUCAGAGUACAGAAACCUAACCGGGAGACAGUCUGGUAGCAUUGGUAUGCUGUUAGUCUCCUAAUCAUUGUGUUGGCCAGCCUGCUCAUGAUGGGAUGCGGUUGCCUCUUUGCCUUUGCUUGGUUCUGAGUUCUCGUUCCCUGUGGUCCGGUUACAUGGAAGCUCCUUUAAGACACUUACCUAGCCAUGCCCUGCAGUUCACCUCUAAAACACCUGCUGCCAUGGAUUUACUGAGAGUCUGAUCCCAGCGUGUCUCUGACAGAACCCAAGGUUACCAUAUUGUAACCCUAGUUCUAUAAGCACAAGUGGAGCCCUCUAUUGGACUCUAUGGGUAAUACUCCAAUCACAAGCAUGCAUUUGCUCACUGAAAAUUUGGAUAAAUGUAGCCGGCCAAUCAGGAUGUGCGUACCUGUUUUCACGUUCACAUUAAGACUUUUUACGUUGAUCAGUGUAAAAAAAAAAAGCCAAAUAAAAUCCAAUCUAACCUUUUUUUUUUAAUAAGAAUCAAUCACAAAAAGUGUGCAAGAUUAUCUGGGCCUGUGCUGAGUUGAGGUGUGCAUAAUAUGAAGCAUAUAGGAAAUAAAGACUCACUACAAGUUCUUUUAAGCUGCUUCCCACCUCAAAAAAAGUAUUUGUAGCUUUCUCAACACUGAUGUCUCUCUGUGACUCCAACAUAGCUUCAGUGAGGACACACACAUGCACACCGUCACUCCGCUGUGUCCCCCGGGAGGCACGACGGCACCAUCACCCCAAAUCUGUGGAACAUUUUACUUCAAAAGCACAAACUUACUUUAAUUAGUUUAAUACAGUAAAACAACCAACAUUCCAAGUUCCAUCUGUGUUUGUGUCUCCUUGUGAUCUUCAAAAAUACCACACAAAGCAAACUGACAAGUCUGCAUGAACACUCAGUAGAUAAAGCUAGGGAUCCCCCCUCACACCUCCUUUGCUGCUGGCUUCCACCCUGUUUGGCUUUGUUGUAUUUAGUUUGUCUUUGUGUUAAUUUCCCUUUUAGUUGCAUAAAAUAAACUUAUUUUUAGUUUCAAA